UGGUAGAGAAGCCUUGGACUCCGAACGCUCGCUCACUCGCUACCCGGACAGACCUGGCUGAUCGCUGCUCAUGGGAGGUUUUCUGAGCCGAGUUGUGGGGGUUCUUCUCACCGAGCUGGUGGGGCUUCUCAUCAAGCUGGUGGGGGUUCUUCUCACCAAGCUGGUGGGGCUUCUCAUCAAGCUGGUGGGGGUUCUUCUCACCAAGCUGGUGGGGCUUCUCAUCAAGCUGCUGGGAUUUCUCCUCACUGAGCUGGUGGGAAGCCUUCUCCCCAAUCUCCGCCCACCGGCCCGCCCGGCCCUCCUCAGCAGCUCUGCCCGCCCACUGCCCCCUCGGCCCGCGGGGAUCCCAUUCACCCCUCGGUCUGCCGAGGACAAAGAGUGGAUCCCUGUCACCAAGCUGGGCCGCCUGGUCAAAGAUAUGAAGAUCAAAUCGCUGGAGGAGAUCUAUCUCUUCUCGCUUCCCAUCAAGGAGUCUGAAAUAAUUGACUUUUUCCUGGGGGCAUCUCUCAAGGAUGACGUCUUGAAGAUUAUGCCUGUGCAAAAGCAGACCCGAGCUGGUCAGCGGACCAGGUUCAAGGCAUUUGUCGCCAUUGGACAUUACAACGGACAUGUUGGCUUGGUCUCCAAGGAAGUAGCCACUGCCAUCCGUGGGGCCAUCAUUCUAGCCAAGCUCUCCAUUGUCCCUGUGCGGCAAGGCUACUGGGGGAACAAGAUUGGCAAGCCUCACACUGUCCCUUGUAAGGUGACUGGCCGCUGUGGCUCUGUGCCGGUGCGCCUCAUCCCUGCCCCCAGGGGCACUGGUAUCGUCUCUGCCCCUGUGCCCAAGAAGCUGCUGCUGAUGGCUGGUAUUGAUGACUGUUACACUUCAGCCAGGGGCUGCACGGCCACCCUGGGCAACUUUGCUAAGGCCACCUUUGAUGCCAUCUCCAAGACCUAUAGCUAUCUCACCCCUGAUCUCUGGAAAGAGACAGUGUUCACCAAGUCUCCAUACCAGGAAUUUACUGACCAUCUUGUAAAGACCCACACCAGAGUCUCUGUGCAGAGGACCCAGGCUCCAGCUGUGGCCACCACAUAGUUUACUACAAGUAAAAUAAAGUGAAUAAGUUGCCAACUCAA